CUAUGUUAUUUGUAUCUAUAAAUAUAUGAAUGUUUAGUGGGCGCUUGGAUGCAAGUGACGUUUGUGAUUUCCAAAUUUGUAAAAAGCUUCUAAUUACAAACAAUUUGAUUAAUUAAUUGUUACCCUAUAUUGGAUAGAACAUAUUAGCUCUAAGAAAUGGCACAAGAAGUGGAAGAAACUAUGAAACGUAUUCAGUCACAUAAGGGAGUCGUUGGAACAAUUGUCGUUAAUGCAGAAGGUAUUCCAAUCAAGUCUACAUUGGAUAAUACUACAACAGUUCAAUAUGCAGGUUUAAUAAGCCAAUUGUCUGACAAAGCAAGAUCUGUAGUAAGAGACCUAGACCCAACGAAUGAUCUGACAUUUUUACGUAUACGUAGUAAGAAGCAUGAAAUUAUGGUUGCACCGGAUAAAGAAUUUAUACUUAUAGUAAUACAAAAUCCAGUGGAUUGACAACUAAGAAAAGAAAUAACAAAUAUGAAAAUAUAUGCUUUGUUAUAUGUUGAUAAAUUAUUUUAUAUAGCACAUUCCAUCUUAAUUUAAAAUCUUUCAUGACUUACUUAAGUAAAUGUAAUAUUUGGUUUCUAUUUCUCAAAUGGCCUUAGAGAAUGUGCUUUAUACAUGCUACCAAAUAAUAAAAACUACGCACUUUGCCAUGAAUGAAUUUAAAGAAAUGAUUAUCAAAUAUAUAAGGGAAUUGCUAAAUUUAUGUAAAUUUUUUAUUUCUGUUUAGUAAAAGAAGUGUCUAUGAACAUUUUGUGUAUUAUAUAAUCAGUACUUCAUACUCUUGUCUUAAUAAAUUUUUGUCACAAUAAAGUGUAUUAUAUUUCAAUAUUUAUUUAAGAGAGUACAUUUAGGAAUAAACAACUUUCAAAAUUGAACAACACUUUGUACUUUUGAAGACAGUUUUAAUAUAUUUGAGUUAUGAAUCUUUUAUACAUGAUUUAAAAUUUGUUUAAAUUCUAAUUUAAGGGUAUAUUUGUAAUGAAAUUAAAAUACACAAUUGUAAUGGAGAUAAUUCCAUUUAUUAAAAAAAGUAUAUAAUGUAUACAAAAUUUGGACAUUAAAUUUAAAAAUAUUACAAUCAUCAAAUAUUACAUUUUCCAACUGGUUGACUCUUAUAUGUGUACUUAUGAUUUCAGUAUUUUUAAUGUAAUUAAACUAAUUUUUUAAUAUACAUAUAUUAUACAGAGAGCACAGUAAAAAUGCUAUAAACUGUAAUUAUCUAGUCAGGUCAUUUUAUCAGCCUCAUUAAAUGUGGCAGUGUUAAUAAUUUCAUUGUGCACCUUUUCUUAUCCGUGUAACAUAGGCAAGACCUUAUCCUCUUUCAAAUAUAAAAUUUUAUACAUUAAUAGUAAUACUUCAAUUUGAGCCCUAAGUUAAGUUAUUAAUUACAAAUAUAACAAAAUAAAUGAGUACAAUAAAUUGUACUUAGGUAAAUGCUCUUUAGAACUAAAAGUAAGAUCUGUACAAUAUAGAAACAAGAAAUAAAUAAUUAAAUUUCCUUU